AUGGAAGUCGACUUGCAUCCUCCGGAUGACUACAGCCAUCGAUUCUUCAUCUGGCACGAAUGGAUUCAGGCGCAUGGACCUCUCACAUUGGAGAACGCCUUUGAUUACUUUACGACAUCAAUGUUCUAUGAUAAGCAGAGCAACAACCAAGUCCUCCGGAUGCAGACAAUGCACACCGGUGCACCUCUCGUGAACGAGGCCGAGGAGCUCAAACGUUUCACUGGCAUUGAGUUUGCCCUCGUCUAUGCCGAAGCUCCGUCACUGUUUAUCAUCCACAAACGCGAACGCCUCUCACCGGACGAAGUCCGGCCCCUGGCCGUGUACUUCAUUUUAAACAACCGUAUAUAUCAGUCUCCAGAUGUGUACAAUCUUGUAUCUAACAGGCUCCUUACGUCCCUGCACUCCCUACAAAAGUCAUUAGAUAUUCUCCGCGCGCAUAGGCCUGCAUACACGCCUCGUACAGGCUUCGCCUGGCCCAUCGUUGAACCGUCUUCGGGUGACGCCGCAGCGAAGAAGCGCAAUAUGGAUGUCGAAAAUGCCCCCGAGACCACACAGGAGACCGAAGCACUGUCGGACGCUCGCAGCACCCCUGCUGCUGCUAACGACACGAAGCGGCAACAGAACAACAUGCUGCUCUUUAACGCCAUGCGGACAACAGCCGUUCAUGCUCGCGAGUCAUUUCAAUUACCGGCUGUUCUUUCCGAGGAGACCGUCCCGGAAACGCCUGCUACCGCAACGGUUGGCCGGUCGUCCGUCACGCCGGCUCCCGCUCCGGUCGGCAUUGCUACAAGGGCACCCUCUAUAGCCCCUACGCCCCAAGAACCUACCAAAGGCCCGUCAGGGGGUGGCAAGAAGAAAAAGAAGAGUAAGGCUCAAGGCUCGAGACCGCCCACCGUUUCGCAAUUCCGCGCUAAUAUUAUCGCGCGCUACAGGAACGGCGACUCUUCCACAAGCUGGGUAAUGAUUCGGGUCUUCCCCAUGCAUCUUGACCAUCAGUCUCGGGAAACGACUAUAUGUGCAUGA